CUCUUCUUCCACAAGCCCAAUUAUAACAUGAAGCAUAAUCUGACUGUGGUUGCCGCUAUAUGCAUAUUCAUCGUGGUAGCCUUGUUUAGCUUCAAUGGCCUUCCUGAUAACGAGGUCGACGACGACAGUCACAGCCAGCUUCUAGACUAUAAGCUGAUAACGUCGAACAAAAGCGUGUCUGCUCCCAAUGCCGACAUGAUGGCCAUGAUCGACAACAAUAUUCUAGACAGCAAGAACAACGUCUUGCUCACGGCCGUUGCCAAUUCUGGCAUGGCGAACUACACGCUGAAUUGGAUUGAGUCGCUCAAGCGCUGUGAUAUUGACAAAUUCAUGGUAUUUGCUAUUGAUAGCGAGCUAGUUGAAACAUUAUCCGCGGCCGGCUAUGAAAACAACGUAAUAGCAAUCCCAGAUGACUGGUUCCACACUCCCGUCAGCAACAGCUUGAUCAGCUGGGGCAAUAUGCAUGAUUAUCUCCCAGUGACUGCCUCUAAAUCGUUGGUGGUCGAGCAUCUCCUCUAUCUGAAUAUUACGGUAUGGUUUUCUGACGUGGAUAUUGUCUUCCUGUCGCCCAACAUCUACGAGUACCUGCUGCACAAGUUCCGGAUACGACCUGCAACCGACGCGCUCUUCCAACAACGAGGCAUAAAAGAUAACAAUGACAUCAACUCAGGGUUUUUCAUCAUGAAGCCCACUGACCUUAUGAAACACAUCAUCUCCACAUCCAUUUCUGUGCAAGAUGAAGACAAUGCCAAAUACAAGAAGAGCAAACUUACCCAGCAGCGAGCAAUCAAUCGCGUCAUUCAAUCGCUGAAUAUCGAUUUCUAUACGUCUCCGCUGGUGUUGUUAGAAAUGGAGCUGUUCCCCGUCGGCAAUGUGUAUUAUGAUAUGAACAUCCCAAUGAAGUACGGUUUUAAUCCAUUGAUGGUGCAUGGAAACUUUAGAGACGGCGCAGAAAAAGAAGUUGCUCUUCGAAAGGCCGGCCUAUGGUAUAUCUGAUCAACGCCGUAUCCCCCAAUGAACUUGCCAAACACAGCAUUAGAUGUCACCAUAGUAAUCAUAUAUCAUUUCGUAAAACCUAUAAAAAUCAACUUAUCAAUAGAAUACUUGUCGUGAUGGCCGCUAUGAACCCUGUAUCGCUCCUGCUUUUU